AUUUGAUUAUGGUUUUUGUUUGUUUAUAAUUGCACCAUCGGUAAUUAGUAUAUGGCGUGCAAUAUGGAUGGAAAUGGAUUUACACGAAGACUAUUUUCCAAUGGCUCUAUCAUUUUGCUUUGGUGGAGCUUUAAAUUGCGGAUUUACGAUGACACGUGAUAUACAAAAAAUCUUUUUUGUUAAACGUUCGAAAACAAUUCGACAUCAAUUUGAAUCAUUUCUCUACCGUCGCUUCUAUACUUACUGUUUUUUGAUUGCUACUAUUCUACAUUGGCGUUCUGGAUGGUUAAUUUUGGAUAGUUUAAACGACUAUUUCCAUAAUAAAAAUGCAAAUGCCAUAGCUGGAAUCAUUUGUUGGAUUUUACUCGUAGUUUUUCGAUCAACACGUAAUGUUUUUGCACCGCCCUUAUUAAUUGCAUUGGAUACGGAAAAAUUAAGCUUUGUGUACCCAACAAGAUUUAAAACAGAUAACUGCCAUAAUUCAGCAAAUCGUUUGAGUUCUUUAUAG